CAAACCUUGCCGAUUAAGGCUGAAGGCCACUUGCGCCUCUCAAUAAGGGGUAUGACAUAUUCUUUAUCGGUGUUUUUAUUUUAUGACAAUAGGAACAUUCCUCGCACUCUUUUUGAUCACCAUCAUCAUCCCCGCAAAAAACACAAAAGAUGUCAUCAUCAUUAGCCUCAUCUUCAAGAACAUCUUCUACACUUUCUUCGCCGCCUCAAUCUUCCGCUCCUACGACACCUAGUGAUCAUUUGAGCGACGAUGAAGGACAAUAUGAAGAACAGAAAAAUUUGAACAAAAGUAUAGAAAAAGCAUUAGCAAAUUAUUCUGGAGAAUCAACAGAUGAAUAUCAAUCUUAUUUACCUCAUGUACCAAAUGCAACAGGUGGUAAAUCAUUACAACCUCUGGCACUGGAUGCAGGUACGCCAGAUGCUUGGAUUGCACGGGAUGAACGUAUGGUUCGUUUGACGGGUAAACAUCCUUAUAAUGUCGAAGCACCAUUGACAGAUCUAUGGAAAGCCGGUUUCCUUACACCACAAUCUUUGUUUUACGUACGUUCUCACGGAGCAACACCUCAAGUAUCACAACAAGAAGGAAAAGAAUGGGCAGUACGAAUUCAUGGUUUAGUCAAAAGAGAAAUGUCUUUUACCAUUGAUGAUUUAAAGGAAAAAUUUGAAACUGUCACUUUACCUGUCACUUUGGUUUGUGCAGGAAACAGAAGAAAAGAACAAAAUAUGGUCACAAAAGGUCUUGGUUUCAAUUGGGGCGCUGCAGGUGUUUCAAAUGGAUUGUUCACAGGUGUUUAUUUGGCUGACGUAUUGGACUAUUGUCAGCCUAUCAAACCAAUCGGAGCAUUUCCUUAUGAUAGACAUGUUCCUGGUAGAGCACGACAUGUUAUCUUUGAAGGUGCAGAUGAACUACCAAAAGGCAAAUACGGAACAUCACAAAGAUUACAAUGGGCGCGCGAUCGAUCAAAAGGAAUGUUGUUGGCUUGGGGUUUGAACGGAGAGCCCCUUUCGCCCGAUCAUGGUUUCCCACUAAGACUUGUUGUACCUGGUCAAAUUGGAGGAAGGAUGGUAAAAUGGUUGAAUAGGAUCGAAGUAUCAGAUCAAGAAUCUCAGCAUUAUUUACAUUUCUGGGAUAACAAACUUUUACCUACUCAAGUUACAGCAGACGCUGCACGAAAAGAAGAACAUUGGUGGUAUGAUCCGAAAUAUAUUAUCAAUGACUUAAAUGUCAACGCAGCAAUUACUGUACCAGCACAUGAUCAAGAAAUCGAUUUCCACCAAGCAGAAAAGGAGAACGAUGGAAUGAUCAAGGUGGCCGGAUAUGCUUAUACAGGAGGUGGCAAACGUGUUCAUCGUGUUGAGAUUACAACUGACGAAGGGAAAUCAUGGCAGUUGGCUAAGCUGGAAUGGCCCGAAGAUCUGUACCGCAUCGAACCGAUCAAGAACCAUCCUUUCUUUGGUACUUUGGAUCUUACAGAAACAGAGAUGAGUUUCACAUGGUGUUUUUGGGAAGCACAAAUUCCAUGUGAUCAAAUCAAAAAUGCAUCUUCAAUCGCCGUUCGUGCAACGGAUGAAGGAUUAGCACAAAUGCCAAGAGAUAUGUAUUGGAAUGCAAUGUCAAUGAUGAACAAUUGGUGGUUCAGAGUUGCUAUUAAUGCAAAAAGCGAUCAAUUACGUUCUUUCGAACAUCCAACUUUGGCUGGUAAUGUUUCAGGUGGCUGGAUGCAAAGAUUGAACGAAGAAGGUCGUUCUUCUCGCUAUCCCAUCUUUGAGAAAGACUCACAAGCUGAAGUGGAAGAAGCCAGGCCUGUCGCAAAACCUCAAAAGGUGGACCAAGACGCCGUGAUGAGAGAUGCGAACAAGAUUGCCACGAUUGUCACAGCCGAACAACUGAAGGAGCACGCCAAUGAAACGAAUCCCUGGUUCGUGGUCAACGGACACGUAUUCGAUGGAACCGAAUUUUUGGCCAAACAUCCUGGUGGCGCAGACAGUAUCACACUUGUGGCAGGAGAAGAUGCAUCGGAAGAUUUCAUGGCGAUUCAUUCGAUCGAUGCGAAACAAAUGAUGCGUGAAUUCCACGUUGGUAAAUUAGCCGAAGGGGCACAAAUCAAAGAAGAACAAAGUGAGGAAGAAAAUAAAGAUGCACCAUUUUUACAUCCGAAACAAUGGAAGAAGAGUAUGUUACACUCCAAAACACAAAUUUCACAUGAUAGUUUCGUCUUUAGAUUUGCUUUGGACCGUGAAGACCAAAAUGUCGGCUUGCCAAUCGGACAACAUGUUUAUGUACGGGUACGCUCCAAGGUGGAUGAACAAACGGAAGAAGUUGAAACGAUUCAACGAGCUUAUACACCUUUUAGUGGAAAUGAAUUGGUGGGAUACUUGGACAUUCUUAUCAAAGUAUAUAUGCCAAAUUCUUCCUUCCCUAAAGGUGGUAAGAUGACAACUGCAUUACACAAAUUACGUGUGGGAGAGGAUCACGUCGAAUUGAAAGGUCCUUUAGGUCAUUUUACCUACGAGCCUGGAAGUAUGAUGCGUGUUCACAAACAUUCUCGAUUGAUCAAGAAUGUUGCAAUGAUUGCAGGCGGCAGUGGAAUAACACCAAUUUGGUCAACUCUAAAAGGUUUAAUCGAUGAUCCAAAAGCAACGGAAACGAAUAUUUGGAUAAUUGAUUGUAAUCGAGCAGAAGAAGAUAUUUUAGCGAGACGACAAUUGGAUCAACUUGUAGAAAGAGCAUCAGGAAGAAUUAAACUUUGGCAUAUCUUAAGUGCGAAAGAUUUACCCGAUUCAUGGUCGAUGGGACGUGGUAGAAUUUCAUCAGAUUGUUUACAAAAACAUCUACCUCCCGCACCUCAACCUAUCAAUGAUAAAGAUGGGAACCCGAUCGAAGAUACAAUUGCUCUAUUUUGUGGGCCUCCACCAAUGGAAGAAGCUGUUUUACGGCUUAUGCGAGAGUUGGGAUGGGAUACAGAACGUAGCGUUGUAAGAUUUUAAUCUUUUUUUGAGUACAUACAGGUAGUAAGCCUUUGUUUAAGAUGUAUAUAAUAUUUAUGAAAUUGUAUUG